AUGCAAUAAACAAAUUCACAAGAAUACCCAAUAUUAGUAACAAUAAGAGUACGUCCCCAAGCCGAAACAUAAAAGAAAAAUUCUAUAAAAAUCCUAGACGAAAAAAACAUAGUAAUACAAAACAACGACUAAACACAUUAAUUUAAAUUUUCAAAAAUCUUCAAACAAUCAAAUUCUCAAUUAGAAAUUUUCCAAAGCAUAUGCUAACCAAUACUAUUUCACGCAAUAUAAGGAUAAAAUGCGUCAUUUUUAGUAUAUGGAUAAACAGGAACUGGAAAAACACAUACAAUGGGUUUUCAUUCAAAUAACUAUUUAUAAGAACCUGGAAUAAUAUAACAUUCAAUAAAAUUUUUAUUUGAUUAUUUUUAAAAAUAAAAAUAAGUAUGGGAAAUUAAUUUAAGUUUUAUGCAAAUUUAUAUAGAAGAGAUAUUUGAUUUACUCAAUCCUGAUGGUUAAAAAUUACAAAUAAGGGAAGAUACAGAAAGUAAUGAAGUUUAUGUUCAGAACUUAAUAACUGUUCCUGUUAAAAACCAAGAAUAAGCUUUAAAAUUAAUAGAAGCAGGUCUUUAGUAUAGAAUGUAGGGUUCUUAGAAUAUUAAUUCUCUUUCUAGUAGAUCUCAUACUAUUUUAAAUAUUACUAUUUAAUAGAAAAUAACCUAUAAUGAAUAUUUAGUUUCAAAUAUUGCUUUUGUAGAUUUAGCUGGAUCUGAAAGAAUAAAAAAAUCUUAAUCUACAGGAAUAAGAAUGGAGGAAGCUAAAAAAAUAAAUAGCUCUUUAAGUGCUUUAAGUAGUGUAAUUUCUCAAUUAUAUAAAUAAUAAUCUUAUAUAGAUUAUAGAAGUUCAAAAUUAACUCGUAUAUUAUAAAAUUGUUUAAAUAAUUAAAGCAAAAUUGCUUUAAUUGCAACUUUGGAACCUUCAGAAGAAAAUAGUUUUGAAAGUUAUAGUACUUUAUUAUUUGCUUCAAGAUGUCAGGAUAUUUAAUAAUUACCUUCACAAAGUUUAAGUAAUAUUUAUUAAAUUGGAAAUAAAUAAGAUAUGGAAAUUAAAGAAUUAAAAGAUAAAAUAUUAUAUUAUUAAAUAAGUGAAGAUAAAUAAAACUAAAAAGAUAAUUGUAAAAACGAAUGUAUAAAAAUAGCUAAAAAUUUAUAAUUUGUAAAUAAUAUAUAAAUAAAUAAAUAUUAUAAUUUAAAAUUUUUAUUAUUUAAUUUAAUAUAUUACUAAAUAGGAAUAACAAAAUAUAGAACAACUUUCAAAUAAAAUUGGUAAUAAUAAUAAUUUUUUUUAAGAAUUUGA